AUGAAAGAAAGAGAAGGAAAAAGUUAUGGUAAAAAUGAGAAAAUUUAUGUAAUUUAUGAUGAAAUAUAUGAUAUAUAUAUAAAGGAAAAAAAGAAAAAAAAUUGUUAUUGUAAAAUUUUGAGAUUUUUAAAUCCAUCAGUAUUAAUAUUAAAAGUAUUAAGUGAAAUAUAUAAUUUAAAAGAUAGAAUAGAAUAUAUCUCAUGUAGUUCUUUUCAAAUGGUGAAGGAACAUACUUAUAUUAAUGGAGAAAAAAAAGGUAUUUAUGAAACAUUGCUAAUUUUAUAUUCAAUAAAUAAAAGUAAUUUAAAAAUAAAUAAUAAUAUAAAUAUAUUUAAUGACUCCUUAAUAAAAAAUGUAGAUACUGAUAUUAUAGACUUAAACAUGUAUCAUAUUUUAAAUGAAUUUAAUGACAUUUAUGAAUACUUAUUAAUUAUAUAUAAAAACUGUUAUGAAAAUUAUACAAAAAAGUUUUUUAUAAAUAAAGACUACAAUUUAAUAAAGGGAUAUAUCAAACUGCAAAAAUUCAAAAAAUAUGUACUGAAGAAAUAUAAAAAUAUAUCCUUCGAUACAAUACUAAAUAAAUUUAUUAAAUUGUUAAAUUUAUUCACAAAACUAAAGAACAAUUAUAAGCAAAUAGAAUGUAUUAUAUUUUAUGUAUAUUUCUAUAUCUUUUUAAAUAUACCUAUAUAUUUUUAUCCAUGGAAUAAUAUUAGUGAUAAUCUAAAUAAAAAAAUAUUCAAAGAUGGAAAUGUCAAUAUGAUUACUAAUAUAAUUGAAAAAAACAAAAAUAACUUUUUUUCUUGUAUUCUAAAUAGGACAGAAGGAACAAGUGACUAUUUCGAAACAUAUGAAUUUAACAUAGCUUUAUUCAUCAAUAAUGAACAAGAAAAAAAUAAUGAAAUUUCAUUAAAUCAAGAUAAAAUGAUGCCUAAAGAUUUAUACAACAAUUUAUUUUGUAAAAAUAAUAAAUAUUUUAUUAAUUUGAGUGAAUAUAACAUAUUAAAAGAAAUAGGUUAUAAUUCAUUAAAACAAUUUUAUAUACCACAUUUUUAUUAUUUAAUAAUUUUAAAAAAAUUUCUUAUUUUUAAUAAGAAAAUGCAAAUAAUGCAAUAUUUGUUUCAUAUUUUAACAAAAUCUUUAAUUAAAAUAGAUGAAUACUAUAAAAAUAACAUAAAAAGGUAA